AUGGGUUCCAGCUCUAGUCCUAUUCAGUACUAGUCUGUGUGAAACUGCCAGCUAAAAUCUGUGACUCACCGCCCCCGGCGCCGCCUAUAGAAAACCUCUCGUGGCGGGGUUCGGAAGGAGCAGUCAGUCUAAUCUAAUGCUUUGUCACUCAGAUCAUCUCCUGCCUUGUAUAGACUGAAUUUCCUUUCAAAGUCCCGGUCGGUUUCUUUCCUCGGUUACAAAUGGCUACUGGAAGUGGUGUUACACAAGCUGCUCGACUCGAGAGGGUCGACUCGCAGCCUGAGAACCCGUUUUCACAGCUCAUUCCGUCACAAUCGUUUGCUAUUGUCCCCGAGUUUACGCUCGAGUCCGGGGUGACGCUGUACAACGUCCCUGUGGCGUAUACCACGCGUGGAAAACUGUCACCGAACGGCGACAACGUGCUCGUGAUCUGCCAUGCCCUGAGUGGGAGUGCAGAUGUGGCCGACUGGUGGGGGCCGCUGCUUGGGGGCCCUGGCCAGGCGUUCGAUCUGUCUCGGUUCUUUGUGGUGUGUUUGAACAGUUUGGGGAGCCCGUAUGGGAGUGCUAGUGCGGUCACGUACAAGGACGGCGACUCGAGCAAAGGGCUCUAUGGACCGGAGUUUCCCUUGACCACUGUUCGAGAUGAUGUGAACAUUCACAAGAUCGUUUUGGAUGACCUCGGCGUGAAGCAGAUUGCCGCGGUGGUUGGCGGCUCCAUGGGCGGCAUGUUGACUCUGGAAUAUGCCUACUUUGGUAAGGAGUAUGUUCGGGCGAUUGUUCCCAUUGCCACCUCCCCGCGACACUCUGCCUGGUGCAUCAGCUGGGGGGAAGCCCAGCGACAGAGUAUCUACAGCGACCCCAAAUACGAAGACGGUUACUAUCCUUUUGACGAUCCUCCGGCGGCCGGCCUCGGAGCUGCUAGGAUGUCCGCACUGCUCACCUACCGCAGUCGCAAUUCGUUCGAGUCGCGCUUCGGCAGAAAUGUCCCCGACCCUUCGAAGCGACAGAACAUCAACGGAACUGAAAAAUUACCCACCCCGCCAAACGAGCACUGGGUGAUUCACAACGAUGGGCACAAGGGUGGCAAUCCGUCGCGGCCGUCGAGCCAGCCAGGAUCGCCUGUUCCGUCGCAAACGCCUCCGGCAGGGCUACAGUUUACGGACCCCCAGUUCACCGGGGCCAAGACCUUUGCGGCGCCGGCCCAGAACGGACAGGAUGGCCGGAAGAGGCUACCGACGUACUUCUCCGCCCAAUCGUAUCUUCGCUACCAGGGCGACAAGUUUGUAAAGCGGUUCGAUGCGAACUGCUACAUCGCCAUCACUCGAAAGCUCGACACCCACGACGUCUCGCGCCAUCGCGCCAGUCCCGAGUCCAAGGAGCCCGUGCGGGAAGCGCUGUCGAAGAUCGAGCAGCCAGCCCUGGUGCUGGGCAUCGAGUCAGACGGCCUCUUCACGUUUGAGGAACAGCAAGAGAUCGCCGCGGGUAUUCCCGACUCGCGACUCAAGCGCAUCGAGAGUCCCGAGGGCCACGACGCUUUCCUGUUGCAGUUCGAACAGGUCAACCGCUACAUCCUCGAGUUCUUCCGGGAGGUUCUGCCCGACAUGAUGGCGAAGAGCGGCCUGGAAGACGACGCAUACGUCGAUGGAGUCAACCAGAUAACCAAGAGCAGCACGUUCGGUGAGGCAGAGGUUGAAGAUAUCACCGCUUGGUAAGAAGCGAGAAGAAAGAAAGGAUCGGCGUACGUUCGCGUCGUCCUUGCGCAGACAGGAUAUUUAUCCUGCUCGGCCCGGACGCUUCCCCGCCCUGCGUCCAGCGCAGCGCCGGCAGCUGUGCCAGGCUCACGUGCCAAACUAUGGGUGGCGAAAGAAAAGAAAAAAAAAAAAAAAAACCCCC